AUGAUCACUCUCUCUCUCUUUUGAUUUAUUAGGUAUGCAUGACGAAUGCUUGUUUUGCUCCCAGUAGGUAAAAGAGGGAUAGUUUGCUAUUCCUGUGCAUCGGACGUGGGUACUUUUUCCCAUGGGAAAUCUAGACGGAGCACGCGUUCAUUCAUCAUGAUGUACUUACCUAAUCCUAUAGUCUUGCUUCGAUCGCCACGAGAGGAGAAUACAUCAUCGCCGCCACCAUGGACCACAAAGUGCAGUACGAUAUUGAAGGCAGAGUGCUUCCCGCUAGACAGGGUUGUCCUUCACUGCGAGUGGGUGUCGUUUGGCUUGUGCUGGUUGCCGCGCUGUUGGGUGGAUUCGCCGGAGCGUUCAUCUAUCAUCGACUUGCGGGUAAUUUCGUCCCAACGGAAGUCGACAACGUCGAGUCUCUCAACCCACGAUGGACGGAAACCAAGUUGGCGUUUGCGAAGGCAGAUGCCGAGUACUUGGUGGUGGUCAAACGAGAUGGGCUAGUGUCCAAGCCGGAAAUGCAGAACCUGACCGAGUUUGGCAGCUGUAUACCAGCGGAGGAGAAAGAGAUGCUGCAAACAGUUGCCCCGGGCACAGUGUUCAUCAUGCGAUUGUACUACGACGGCGAAGAUCAAUGCAUUUUCGAUUUCCUGCACGAGAUGGAAGUGUUCAACGGGCAAAAUUCGGACGACGAUGAGGAGCUUUUGGAAGCUUUGCUCAGUGGGUGAACAGUUUUGGGAAGAGUUUGCGAGAGAA